AAACUUAUCUUACUAAUAUUUAACAUCUCUAUACUUAGCCAUUAUAUGAGAGUUAUAUGAAAUUACUUGAUAAUGUCUAUUAAGAAGUUAAUAGAGGAUUCAGAAGGGAAGGACAAUUAUCCAUGUGGGGAGCAAUUGUUGAUUCACAAUGGGAACAUUCUGAAAGAUGAUGAAGAGUUAUGGCUGGAGAGGAAGGCCAAUGAGCGAGGCGUUCUUGUUCUCGUCCUUAAGGAGCAAACUGUUGAGAACCAGGAAAAGGAGCUCUCGUUGUCUACUCAAAACUCUGAAUCUGAAAGCUCUGAAUCUGAAAGCUCUGAGUCUGAAAGCUCUGAGUCUGAUGGAGAGAUUGAUUACGAGGCAUUUUGUACGGGACUACAAUUUGUUGUGAUGGACGAAAGCAAAAUUGGACGUAGGGAAGGAUACGAGUUGGUGGAGGAGAUCACAAACCAGCCACUCCAGCUCCAAAAUCCGUUCAACCUGUUCUGCAGGGCGUUUAACACUGGAAACGCAGCAGAUGAUGAUAUUGAUACCGAAGUCACAAUACAUGUUGUUUUUCGAGCAGCUCGAGCUGCCGGCUGCGAAUUCGGACGGUUUCUUGCACUUGGUGACGAGCCCCCAAGAUCAGGUUUGAUUCCAUCACGAACCAGCUUUAACUUACUCGCCGAAACUUGGGUGACAUUUGGGUACUUAGCUGGAAGAUACGUGAAGGAGAACUAUCGUUUAGAGAAAAACCUCUACAUGCAGCAGUUUCAUGAUUUCUACAGUCUGAGAGGUUGGUGAUGAUUGAUUGUUGACUCUGGAAUUUGUAACUUUUAACAGCUGUUGCGUUUUUUCCGGUAAAUGUUACAUUUCU